AUGGAAAAUUGAAACAAUUCAGUGAGUUUUAGGGCUCGUAAAAACUCUUCAAAAUCUCCCCUUUACAUCUUCAAAGUCUCCAUCGCUCUGAAGCUUUCGAUUUUUCUCCUCGACCACGUAAGUUUCUGGAGAAGAAAAAUAGCUUCCACAAAUCCUAAAUAAUGUCUGGCGGUUUUUUCCGGGGUACUUCUGCUGAGCAGGAUACUCGGUUUUCUAACAAGCAAGCCAAAUUGAUGAAAAGCCAGAAAUUCGCUCCGGAGUUGGAGAAUCUGGUUGAUGUGACCAAAGUGAAGAUGGAUGUUAUGAAACCUUGGAUUGCGACUAGAGUCACUGAGCUACUUGGUUUUGAAGAUGAAGUGCUAAUCAACUUUAUUUACGGUCUGCUUGAUGGGAAGGUAGUGAACGGUAAGGAGAUUCAGAUUUCGCUAACUGGAUUUAUGGAGAAAAAUACUGGCAAGUUCAUGAAGGAGCUCUGGACACUUCUUAUAAGCGCACAGAAUAACUCAAGUGGUGUUCCACAACAGUUUUUAGAUGCUAAAGAAGCUGAAACGAAGAAGAAACAGGAAGAAGCAUAUGAAAAAAAAGAUCAGUUAGAUGAAACAGGUGGUAGGAGGGAGAGAGAACAUAAGAGCCAUGAGCAGGAUAUAUCGAGGAAAAUAGACAGCGGCGUUGAACAGAAGGUGACAAAUGGCAUGGAGACUAAACCUUCAAGAGAUCUUCCAGCUGAGGAGAAGAAUGGAGUAAAAGAAAGGAGAAGAGGUUCACGCUCUAGGUCAAUCAGCAGAACAAAAUCAGGAUCGAGAAGUUAUUCUGGUGAACGGAAAUCAAGGAGCUUGUCUCGAUCAUCAGAUGCCUCCAUCUCACCCAGAAAGCGGAGAUCGCCGUAUUCAAGGCGUAGAUCCAGAUCACGUUCCUUGCGUAGGUCUCGGUCUCCUCGGCGACGUAGGAUACAUUCUCCUUAUGGAAGCAGGUCACGGUCACCUGUUAGACGUCGUAGGUCACCAUCACCACAAAGACGUCGCCGUGUAUCUACACCUGAGAGACCCCGUCGCAGGUCUCCAUCGCCUUUCAGGCGGCGCAGGUCACCAUCCCCUCCUGCUAGGAGACGCAGGUCUCCAUCACCACCUGCUAGGCGACGCAGGUCACCAUCACCGCCUGCUAGGCGUCGCCGGUCUCCAUUUUCCUCUAGGCGGCGCAGGUCUCCUUCACCGAUAGCUAGGCGGCGCAGGUCUCCAUCUCCAGUGUAUAGGCGUAACAGGUCACGGUCACGGUCACGGUCACAACCGGCUAAGCGGGAAAGGUCUUGCUCCCCAGGGAGAUCUCCGUCACCCACUGGACAAAGGUUGCCCUCUCCUCCCCUUAUGAGGUCCAGUUUGCCUUCACCAUCCACUGGGCAAAGGUUGCCUUCACCGCCUCCUAGGCGUGCAGGAUCACCAUCACCAAUGAGGCUUGGAGUGCCCCAUUCGUCCAAUCACCUUGACUCACCAUCACCUAGCUCACUUUCCCCGCCUGGUAGGAAAAAUGGGUUACCAUCACCACCUGUUAGAAGACGCAGGUCACUAACACCUGCCAAAGAACGAGGCUCCGUGUCACCUGCUGGACGUCCUGAAGCAGAAUCUCCUUCACAUGUCAAGCAGGGUGGAUCUAUCUUACCUGUUAGAGGUAGAGGUAGAUCUUCUCCUUCCCCUCGACAUCAGAGUGCGCGCUCUCCUGUUCGUCGAAGAUCACCAACACCUGUCAACCGGCGAAGGCGAAGUCGAAGAUCUCCAUCUGUUUCGCGAUCACCUGAAGACAGCCGUAAGAGACGAUCUCCUUCUUGGAGCAGGUCUUUGUCUAGGUCGCUCUCCCCUCCUGUUCGUCGUAGAUCUCCUUCAUCAGGUGGAAGAAAACACCAGAGGGACAGAAGAUCUCCUGGACAUCCAUCUGAAGAGCAAGAUAGAGAGGAGAGGGAUCACAAAUCCAAGCUGUUAAAGAAGACUUCAGUGCAGUCACCUGAUUCUUAUAAGACGAACCAGAUACCGGAGAAGGUACAAGAUGGUGGGCGUGUAGAACACGCGAAGGAACAAGAGAGAAAGAGUGAAAAGUUAUCAGAGAGGCGUUCUGGUCAUAGAGUCCACAGUUCACAGAUGUCUCCAGUUUCGCAUAAGGACUCCGUUCGAGUAGAAAAUUCAGAAGGAAAGAGACAGCCUCCUUCAAAUAAAGUGAAAGGUAGUGAGGAAGUCCAGAAAGAGGAUAACAGCGACCUGGAUGCAAACCUUUCUUCUGAUUCUAAGGAAAGUAGCAGGCAUCGAACUAAGGAUAACAAGAGUAGAAAGAAUAAAAGGUCAGAGAGGGGAGAUGUAUCAUCAGACGAUAAUGGCAGUUCUGAUGCUGACAUAGAAGAUAGGAAGGAGGCUAAAAGGAGGAGAAAGGAGGAAAAGAAAACAAGAAAGGAAGAGAAGAAACGCAGGCGGGAGGAGAGACGUCGUAAAAGGGAAGAACGUCGUAGUGAGAAGCAGAAACUUAAGAAUCGAGAGUAUUCUGAUUCUUCAGAGGGCGAAGCUGAGACCCGUCGCAAGAGUAAAAAUGGAGAAGAGUCAGAUCCAAAGAAGCUUGAGAUUGAGUUGCGAAACAAAGCACUCGAGUCAUUGAAAGCAAAGAAGGGAAUCAGCCACUAAAUCCUAUUAUCCUGUUAUUGAGUAUCCAGCGUCAUUUGAACAUCGUUUUUAUAAGAUACAUUGCCUUGCUAUAUUAUCUUUUAUGUGGUGGUUUUUCUUUCAUGUUCCAAACUUUCUUAUGUUUUCUGUUUGUUGGUGGCAGCAAAAUUGGACAAGUGACAAUUACUCUGCUAUUCUUGAGUGCAGACUUUAUGCAGACA